AUGGCCACCGCGAUGGAAUCUCCUGUGGCUUUCCCUGAGUCCCCCAUGGACCCAGACGACGCCGCAUACCCGUGCAAAGGCUGUGGAAAGAUACUCGAGGAAGGCAAAGCAUUCGAGCUAGCUGGUAACAGAUGGCACAUUGACUGCUUUAGGUGCAAUACCUGUGGCACCCUCCUCGAUUCCGAUGCAAAUCUACUUCUUCUGGGCGAUGGAUCUCUGAUAUGCAACAACUGCACCUACAGUUGUAGUAGCUGCGGAGACAAGAUUGAGGAUCUGGCCAUUCUGACCGGGGACCAGGCGUUUUGCGCCAAUUGCUUCAAGUGCAGGAACUGCAAGAGGAAGAUUGAAAAUCUACGCUAUGCCAGGACGUCGCAGGGCAUAUUCUGCAUGGACUGCCACGAGGCUCUGAUGGCCAGGAGACGCAAAAAGACAGCCAAAAACACCGCACAGCGCUCCAAACUGUCAAACAAUGUCCAGCUUGACAAGUCUUUGCCCGCAAUCCCACCUCCAGAAGCCAGAAAGACGGCCUACAUGCCGGAAAGCCAGUCGUCUCCUUUCCCCGAGGUCCAUGCAGAGCCCCCGGCAGCAGGUGUACCUUCUGUGGGUAAUAUGGUCAGCGAAUUGCAAGCAGACUCGGACUCGAGGCCAUCCACAUCGGACCAAAACCUGCCGCGCGAUAUGCUCACCUUACCCUCGACGACCUUCCGUAACAAUCGACACUCGAUCAUGUCGCAGAGAUCAGAUCUAUCGGGAGGGGGAGGUGGUGGUGGUGGUGCCGAAGAAUUUCUGAUACCGCUCACCUUUGACCCUACACCACAACCUGCAACCCAGUCACCCAGCAUUUCCAACCAGACGGUGCAAAGACCAGUCGAGGAGAAGCCCGCCGAUUAUUUCACCAGCAAAUCCGCCGCGCCAAUUGCCCAGCCGCAAGUGACCAAAUCUAACACCUCAAGUCCCCACAUCGCCUACCAAGAGAAAGGUCGCCUCCCUUCGAGAGAAGCCGUUGAGCAAACCCGCAGAGGAGGAAAUCUGAGCGUAUCGGGCUCUGCCACCGCUUCGCCCUUCAUUCCAGUCGAGCAGCCGAAGAGAUCGGAAGGUUCCCCACGACUGUCGCAGAUCGUUCACAACAGCGAGGCGCAACACAAUGAAAGAUUCAAACUCCAAGAAGCGCCCAAGUCCAAGAAGUUCUCUACGUCAACGCCGGGAUCGCGUUCAGAGGGCUCUACUCCUAGGGCUGACCUCUCUGCAGAUCCAAUGGAGCAACUGGCUGCUAAACCUUUGACAGUUCCAGACAUUGGGUCACCAUCAGAUCGCGACUACUCGACACCUCUUCUGUCGAACCACUCAAGCCCAGCAUUUAGUGCUUCACACGGUUCUCCCAAGGCGGCACCGUUGCCUGCGACCUCCAUCUUACAAAAUCUGCCUAAACGAGGCGACUCUUUGGAUAGCGCAAAGCGGACUCAAACGAUACCUCGUAAAGAAUUGGGCCCUGCGGCAAACAUCGGUCCCGCGUCGGGUGGUAGCGCCAACAGCGGGUCAUCUACGCCCAAGCCAGUAGCAGACCUCACCAAAGUCAAUGGUGGGAAGGUCAUUUCGGGGCCUAUAGGUUCACCAAACUCAAAGGGCAUCUUUGACGCUGCAGACGACUCUCUAAUUCAGGAUCUUCACACCGCCGGCAAGGCAGGCAGUGAGUCUUUUGUUGAUCCUCGGAUCCCACCACUGCCACCCUCCGAUCACGCAAGGUCGAGAAAUGAGUCCUUCAGCACCCUUCAGUCCGAGAAUCAGCGAUCUGGGGAUGGCCUCAAGUCCCCAGGCCUACCUAGGUAUUCAGCAGGCGGGGAUUUCACUAUGGACGAAGAUAUGGCCCGGAUCAUGGGCGGUGACGAACCCAGUGCACAUGAAUCAUUCCUUAGGAGGGUCUCGAACUCUGUGCGCCACGGCCGCAGCUACAGUGACAAAACUGGUCGGCUUUCGAAGGAUCGCUGGCCUCGAUCGCCGGCUAUGCCCAUCUCGUCAAUCGGCCAGGAAAUCAGCAGUCCCAGCACUGCUUCUCCCGAGAAUCGCGACGAACUCUCCUGGUUCAAGAACGAGCUUCGACGUGAGCGGCAAAAGAUCAUUGAGCGGGAGAAACGGAUAGCUGAAUUGGAAAUGCAGCUUGAUUCGGCCGCAAACAUCAAGCAGGUAAAUGUCGAGCUCAAGGAGAAGAGGUCAACGAUAGUUGUUCUCGAUACACAGAAAGAGAUCGUCAUAAGAGAGUUGGAAGUCCUUACAGAGCACCUGGCUGCAGCCAAGCACAGCGGCGAGCGAUUCGACCUUGGCAGAUUGAGCAACGUUGUGCUUCGCGAUUUUGCAGAGGCGUUGGAAAAGCUGAAGGACUCGUUCGCGCCCCAGAUCGAGGCUUCUAUCCAAAAACGAAAUGAUUUGGUCGACGAGAUAGCCAACCUCACACAGAUGAAAGAUAAGAGCUUCAUGGAGUUUGAGCAGCUGUCUUCGAAGAACGCCCAGUUGGCUGAGCUCAACAACCAACUGGUGCACCAAAUUCAAGGUCUCUACAAGGCAAACUCUGGCACGCAAGCCGAUCAGUCAAAGUCCUCAAUGAACGGACUAGGAAUUUAUUCUCACCACAAAGAGAAGUCGAACGUCUCAUUUGACUCGAGGGAUAUGCGCAACAUGUCCACCGACUUGACCAAUCUUGAUUCGGCGAGUACUUUACAAGGUGAAGCAGAACCUGUGACCGUCCUUCAGGGUCCUCAAGUGGUGAACAUCCGCAAAGGUCAACCCAGGAAAUUUGAUUGGAGAAAAGGACAGAAGGUCGCUAAAGGCGUCACAAAAGGUUUAAAAGGGGCCUUUUCCUCAACUCAGCAAAACUACAGCCGAGACCUACAGUUUGCGGAGACAGGGGCCUAUGGAUCGACGACCGGCCUCGGCCAAGAAUACUCGAGCCUCCCGAGAACUAACCCGGAGCCUGUCAAGCAAGGCGGCUUUGGCUUCUUCAGCACUCAGAAAGUGGCUUCGAAACCCAACGGGCUGUAUGCCGCACAAGCCAAUGCGAGCACGCCGUCUUUGCUGGCUGAAGCUGGCGCUCAACUAUUUGGCUCUGAGCUCGAACUACGGGCCGAAUACGAAAAGAACACAAUUCCUGCGAUUGUAAGGAGGUGUGUCGAAGAAGUCGAGGCUCGUGGCAUGGAUGUUGAAGGCAUCUACCGCAAAUCCGGGGGUAACUCACAGGUGCAGCAAGUAAAAGACUGGUUUGAGAACCCCUCGAAAGAUUUUGAUCUUUCCGAUCCCGAUCUCGACAUUCACGCCGUUACUUCUGGAUUGAAACAGUAUUUCCGACGGCUGCCCACUCCACUCAUCACUUUCGACGUCUAUGACAGACUUCUCGAGACAACGACGAUUGAGGACAAAACGACCAGACUUGACGCCAUGCAACGAGCGUUAGAGGAACUGCCCAGGGUACACCUCGAGACCCUGGAGUUUUUGAUUCGACACCUUGCGCGGGUAGUCCAACAGGAGAAAGAGAACCUCAUGACAAGCAUGAACAUUGCGGUGGUUUUUGCGCCUACCAUCAUGAGACCGGAGAGUUUGAAUCGGGAGCUGAGCGACACCAAGAUGAAGAAUGAAUCGGUGAUGUGGAUGGUGGAGAACAGCGAAAGAUUAUUUGGGAAGUGA